ACAGUGUCAAACUCUGAAAUCUUUUUUUUCCUUGUUAUUUUCUUUGGCGAAAUGAUUCUUGUAGGCUACUGUUUUCGUGGAGAUCUAUAUCAUAUUGUCUUUAAUGUGUGACUUAACAUCUAGCACCAAGAAGGUUUUACAGUAUCCAGGUGAAUUAUGAAGAGCUUACAUUCAUGUUACCUCAAAAUGAAGCCAAUAAUUUAUUUCUGCAUUUUAAUAGUGUUUCUGACUAUCGUUUUUAUUGGGAGAGCUUUUCUUUUUAAUGACAAAAAUGAAGGAAGUGCAUCGGACCUGCCGACCAGAUCGUUCUUAUGUCCAUCUCGGUGCAUAUGUUCUAUUGGAGAUACUUUCACUGUGCAUUGUUCCCAAAGGAACUUAGAUUCUGUUCCCGACUUACCUGCGCAGACAACAGAAGCGUACUUGCAGGUUAACAGAAUAGGUAACAUCACAUGCGCAGACUUUUACUCUACUGUAUACUUACAGACGUUAGACUUAUCAAACAAUGCAUUGAGGCGUAUCUACAACUGUUCAUUUUCUAACCUGACCCGUUUGGUCUACCUAAAUCUUGGCCAAUGUUCUGUUGACGUCAUCGAGACUGGGGCCUUUUAUUCAUUAAAUCAAUUGAAAUGUUUAAUCUUGGCAUCCAACAGAAUCAUCGCUACUCCGCCAAGGUUGUUUAUGUACCUAUCAAUGUUGGACUAUCUUGAUUUGUCUUCUAACUUGUUAAUACGAAUCAAGAAUGACACAUUCACCGGACUUUCUUCAUUAACACAGCUGUAUUUAUACAAUAACUUAUUGCUGUACAACAACGAAACAUUUGAACUGGACGCUUUCUGUGAUUUGAACAAUUUGGAAGUGCUGAAUAUUCAGAUGAACCAACCAAAUGACUGUGGAGUUGUAUAUCCAGAUAUUGCUCUGUCAAAACUCAACAACCUUCGAGAAAUAUACAUGGAUGGUUAUCCCGCUGCAUUGGGACCGGGGUUUCUUUUUCUGACAAAGCUUGAAAAAUUUGUAUUUGGCAAUAUGGUCUAUGGAAAUUCUAUGUUUUUCUGUGAUCUAAGUAAGAAUGUUCCAGAUAACUUACUAGAGAACCUGUGUAGGUUGCGUCAACUAACUCUAGUAAUGAGCUACUGUUCUGUUCAUUCUUUGUCUCCCGACGUUCUAAAACCGUUGAAAAACAUCUGGUCGCUUAAUCUUAAUUACAAUGAGAAAUUUUCUAUGGUUAGAUUCGAGAAUUUUUCUAAAGGUUUAGCUGACAGCAAUUUAACCCAUCUUAAUAUUUCGGCGAUAGAUAGAACAACAGCGACACACUUUUCUCACGUGACACGAUUUACGUUUCAGUAUUUGAAAAACACCAGACUCCAAACUUUAGAUUUGUCACGAAAUUCGAUAGUUUCGAUUCAUGGUUUCGCCUUCAUGUACCUUCCAAUUACCUUGCAAUAUUUGUCAGUGAAGAGCAAUACAUUGAUACGAGCAGAUAGUUUGGUCACGUUGAUGCGCUUUUCCAAUCUUAAAGUAUUUGACAUGAGCGAUCAAAUACAGUAUACUCUUAGUGAGAACCGAACAUUUGAAUCUCAGCCUGUUGAACCAUACCCCAGUAAAACAAACCUCACUUUCAAUAACACGCACGAAAAUACGAACCUCACUAGGUCAGGAGGGCAUAUGAUUUAUCUGAUGCCCAAAAAUCUGGAAACAAUUUACGCUUAUUCGAUGAAGUUAGAAUAUUCCAUUUGUUGGCUCACAAUUAAAAAUAACGUUGUACUUAGGUAUUUUGACUACUCUAACAAUUUCGCAACUGUAUGGGAAGGCCCUAUAGAUGGCGUGCCAUCUUUAAACUAUUUAGAUUUAUCCAGAAAUUAUUGUACCAAAAUGAAUUUGACAUUUUUUCAGAACGCGACCAGCCUGGCCACUUUGCUUUUAAGUCAGAAUGUUUUGGGCCAGUCAUUAAGAAAUGAUAUCUAUGGUUUAGCCUUUUCUUAUUUGCAUAACUUACAGAUAUUGGAUUUAAGCCAUAAUAAUAUCGACAUACUUUCAGAAAAAGCAUUCAUAAAUAAUUCUAAUUUAAAACGUCUAAAUUUAUCCCAUAAUUUUUUGGAAUAUUUUCAUCCAAGUAUUAAAAAUUUGGAAAAACUAGAAAUUCUGGAUUUAACCGGAAACAUGUUAAAAGGACUUACUGAACAAAAUUGUAAAGACCUAUAUCAAAUUCAUAUUGCAAGUCCUAAGUUGAAGGUUCUUUUACAUGACAAUAAUCUUGUAUGCUCCUGUGAGUUCCUAUAUUUUUUACAUGUUUUAACGGAACAGACUCAACUAUUUGACAAUCUACAGUUUAUUGAAUGUCAGUAUAGCAAUGGAACAAACUUUACCAUUCAAGAUGUUGGUGAUCUUUUACCUAUUCUUCAAAGGAAUUGUUUGGCAGAAAGCUUUUUUAUUGGUGCGCUGGUCUCGUUUUGUCUUGUGGCUUGCGUUAGCAUGGUGGCGGCAGUGUUUUAUUACAAGCAAUGGAAACUGUUGUAUUUAUACUACAUUGGCAAAAAGCAUUUACACAUUGGUUCUACUAAACUCUUGUACAAUCCUCAAGCGGAUAUUUUCAUUACUUAUGAUGAUGAGAAUAUUGCAAUACGUCAAUUUGUACAGAACCUUUUGCUUCCCAAAUUAGAACAGCAGAGAAUAACCUUUGUUUUAGGAGAGCUCGACUUUUCGGGAGGUCUAAUUUUUUCCAGUAUAUCAGGAGCAGUGGUUGGCACCAAGAAAACUUUAGUGUUAAUUUCUCAAGAUGCGUUUAAAGGCCGUAGUAAUGAGGUGGACGUUGGCUUACAUUUGGCCAUUAUGCACGAGCUCAGCACGCUGAAGCAUAUUGUUGUUCCUGUCUUCAUGGAAGAAGUGGUCGUGGCGACCCUCCCUAGUGACAUAGACAUUUACUUACAAAACCAGAUAGACAGAUGUCUGGCGUACGUGGAAACUGAGACUUUCUGGCGGCGUUUAUUUACAGCGCUUAAUGAGAAACAGUGAAAUCCUUUAGUUUCAGUCUGAAAAAGAUAAACAAUAUACUUUUUAUUGCACAUCAUGUGCUGCUAUUAACUAUGGUCAAGUAGGACUAAUCAUGUUUGAUUUAGAAAUACCGUAAACAUCGACAGACGAACUAAUUUCACAAACAGACAGACGUACUAGACAGACAGACAGAAAGAGAGACAUUUAGAUGGAUAGAUAGAUAGGUAGAUAUAAAGAUAGAUAUCUAGCUAGCUAGCUAGAUAGAUAGAUAAAUAUGCCAUUUUCAUUACAAUAAACGAGACAUUGUCUCUAAGUUUUAAGGUAAAAAAGAAUGCUUUAUUUUACGUGACUACGCAGAGACCUAUAUGUUUGAUUUCAGCUCUCUUGUUAUAAUGCACUAUAGAUUACAUUAUAUAAU